CUGUCUAUUCUAAAGGGAAGUGAAGACUUGCUUGUACAGCACUUUGUUUUUCUUUUCAUGCAGACACCACUGUCAGCACAUACACUUGCAGCAUGAACCACUCAGCUGUGCUGUCUUCUUUGGAGGAAAUGGCCCCUGAGGAGUUCGAGGGUGGGACAGCAGUGGCUUGUGUGAUCCUGGGUCUAUCCUUCCUGAUAGGAGCUCCAGGGAACCUUCUGGUGAUCUGGACUAUCCUGAGACACAUCAAACAGCGGUCCCAUACCGUGGUGCUCAUCCUGCACCUGGCCGCCGCGGACCUGCUGGUCCUCAUCACCCUACCUCUGUGGAUCUACUCCCUUGCCCACUCCUGGGUGUUCGGUGAGGCCUCGUGCAAAGCCAUGGUGUACAUGAUCAAUGCCUGUAUGUACAGCAGCGUUUUCCUCAUCACCCUUAUGAGUGUGGAGCGUUUUGUGGCAGUGCGCUAUCCUUUUGCCUCAGCUGACUGGAAGAGGAAAAAUGCUCUGAAUAAAUUAUUGCUGACUCUGUGGAUCGCAGCAUUUUUGUUCAGCAUACCUGUCAUCCCAACUCAAGUUGUAGGGACGGAAGCUGGUGAGGAGCACUGUCUUUACAGGCUGUACACAUCUGCUACCCAGGAGCUGGUGUGUGUGCUGCUAGAAACACUGGUGGGUUACAUAUUACCCUUCUCCAUCUUGGUAGUCUGCUAUGGCUGCCUGUGCAGCCGGAUCACUAAGAUGACCUUCAAGUCCAAGCGCAAGUCUACCGUUCUUAUCGCCAGCAUAGUGGUUGUGUUUGCCAUUUGCUGGACACCCCAUCACAUAGGAAACAUCCUAUCGCUCAUCAUACUGGCCAUUGAGGAAUCCUUUCAUGAUACAGCAGAGAGUCUGGAGAAUGUCAGGAGCACCAUGAGCUUCAUCGCUGGGGCCAUGGUCUUCAUCAGCAGCACUGUUAACCCCAUCCUCUACAUGUUUGCAGCUCGCUCCUUCAGGAGCUCCGUGCAUGACACCGGCAUUCAGAAGCUGUUCCGCCACAUCUCCAGCACCUCCCCAGGCGAGGGCACCAGAGAAGUGUCCUUUGUGUCCAAGAGACACAGCAAUCAGACCACCAGCUCUCAGUGUGUGUUGGAGUCGAAAGACCAAAUGGACAUAUUAAUAAAAAUGUGUGAAAAUAAUCCAUCCUGAUAUUGGAAAUGUCUGGGGUGGUGUGUGUGCUGUGUGUAUCUGUGUAGAUAUUCAUGUGUAUACUGUAUGUAUUUUGAAAUUUUGCCUGAAAUGAAGCUAAUUUUGUAUGAAAUUACAACACAGAUUAACAGGAUGUCAGUUAAUCAUGUGAUACUUGUCCAACUCUGUAAAUUACCCAUUUCUCAUGUAUAUUUUUUUUAUUGUGAACAUAUAUUUAUGGAGUCAUUAGAUUUAUGUCAUUUAAGCAAUAUUAACCGAGAGGGUGUGCUUUAACGUCAUUUGAACACAACAGUGAGGCCAGUAAGCAGGUGGCAAGCAUCACUGAAGUGCUCAAAUAACAUUAAAGCACACCCUCAAGUGUAAUAUUGCCAUUAUACAACUAUUACCAACAAAGUAAAAUGUAUAUGGCAGAGUAAUAUUUUUAGUGAUGAGUAAGGCGUGUUGUCAUGCUGAUUUGAGCACAUUCUAAAUGUCUUGUUGACCAAUCAGAUUGCUUGGUCGGAACUACUUGUUGUAUAAUUAGUAUUAAAAUAGUACAAUAAAUAUCAUCGUCAUCUCUAA